AUCUUAUUGUUAGUUUGAAAGUUUUAACAAAGAAUAAUACACUACUGAAGUACAAUAUAUAUCUAGCUUUCUAAUAAUGUCAUUGCAAUAAUGGCAAGCAGAAACAUUCAUACGGGCAAAUAUUAUGUAAAUUUUAAACGUGGUUUUGAAGAUUAUAAAAAAGAUAUUACAGUAACAAUAGAUAAAGUUUUUAGCAACGAUAGUUUGAAAAUAUCCUUGGCAGAUGACAAUGAUCCCACUUUUUUGUGUAUUUUAAAUAUAACACCAUGUGAUUAUGAAGAUUUGAAAAAACAACAAGGACUUCUUAUUGAUUUUGAUAACUUCUCAUCUCAGCUUGUUAGAUUACUCCAACAAUGUGCAUCAAACAACAUGUUUCUUAUAAUGCAGCAAACAAAUCCUGUGCAAUAUUACUUUGAAAUUAUUGAGCACAAUGAAUUUAAACGCCUGGUUCACUUAUCUCUAAGAACUGGGCCCGCUACAGAUGCUGAUAUAAAACAACAUAUGGCUGAUACUAUAACAAAUUUGAAAAAAAUGUUGGCAACAGUUAAAAGUUCAGCUGCUUCCAGUGAUGCUAUAUGGAAUGACAAAUGUUUGAAUUUGGAACGAAAAAUACAAGAUUUAACACAUGUAGUGUCUAAAAUGGAGGAGGACAAACAUAAACUGGUAGCUGAAUAUCAGGAUGAAUUAAAGCAUGAAAAGGAAAAGUUGACACAGGAGAGGUCUCAAUGGCAGAAGACGACUGAAAAUACGUCAAAAGUACAACUUGCAUCAUUUCAAGAAAAUAUUAAUAGAAAGGAUCGACAGAUUGAUGAACUGAAUGUAUUGUCUAGACAAUUGAAAGAAAAUAUCGCACAAUUAGAAAACCAGAUUAGUGAUAAAUCGCAACGUCUAAUGAUGCUAGAAAAUGAAGUGCAGAAGACACAUAUAGAAGUAGCGACAUUGAAAGCAAAAAAUACAACACUUGAAAGAGAAAUUGCAGAGAAAGAGAAGCAGUUUAAUCAAGUAAAUACCAGAUGUAUUUCAUUAGAACAGUUUGCUAAGGAUAAUUCAGACAUGAUUAAGGAUUUGAAUAAAUCUAUACAAAGUAUGAAAAAAGAAAAGAUAAGCUUAGAAGAGCGUCUGGCAAUAAGCGAGUCUUUAGUCAAUAAGAACAAUAAUGCAGCGCAUUCUGCAUCAGAACAACUCAUGAAAGCUAAUCAAAUAAUAUCAAAACAAAAUGCAGAGCUCAUUGAAAUAAGAGAGAAGUUGCUAUGCAGAACUGCUAUAGCAUUGGAACAAGAGAAAGUUAUAGAAUCUAGUAAUAAAGAAAUAAACGAUUUGAAAUCAACUGUAUUCAUGGAAAUACAGAAAACAAAUAAAAAUAUGGAUAAGCGUUCUUUUAAUGAAUGGAGAUAUGUUUAUAUCACAUGUGAGGAUAAUGAGAAAGCACUGAAGGAUCGUGACGAAACCAUUAAAAAUAACAAUAUGGUCAUACAAUGGCUACAUAGAAAAGUUGAGGGAUGUGAUUCAGGCAAUGUCCUGGAAAAUACACAAAAGUAUGGCGUGCAGAGUGUAACUAAUUCUACACCUUACUUUCUGCCUAGCAAUAUUAACAAAACAAACUCACAAAAUGUAUCCGAUCAGUCAAUUGACUUUUAUGCAACUUCAAAAUUGUCAAACGUGGAAGAUAGCCCAGGUCCCUUGCAAGAUUCACAUACACCGAAAUUAGGCCUAGACCCAAAAUAUUUAAGGCCUGCUGGCAAUAACAAUAGGUUAAAAAGUGUUAAUGAAGAUAGUAAAACGCCUAAACCAAGUGAAGCUGAACGAAAGUCUGGGAAAGAAAAUAAGACUAAUAUUUUACCUAAAGUUGAUUAUCGCGAAAAGAAAACUGGUAGAAGUACAUAUCGAGCUACACCAGUGUCUGCUUAUUUUCAUUGAACAUAAUAUUUACAAUAUAUAAUAAAAAUAAAUUUUUCAUAACUUAUUUUGUAAUGUAACUGUAACGAAAUACGAAAAUCCUAUAUAAUGUACAAAAUGUUCAAAUCGAAUUAUCAGGACAUAUUCGACGGAAGUUCGUACAAGUCUCAUAACCAUAGCUCGACCAUAAACAAUGUACAUGUUAUGUUCUCUUCGACAGUCCGUUUCCAUAAAUCAGUUUUAUACUGCACCAAAUUUAUCGUCUGGAUCUAUCCGCAAACCUACUAUGUUUAAUUCGUUACAAUUAAUAGUUGGGGAGUACCCAGUUGUUUCAUAACAUUCGUUCACAUUAUCGUGACAUGCGUAACUAUUAGUAGCAUUGAAAUGUAUAUAUUUUUUAUAUCAUUGUUUCUAACCAUGAAUCCUGUCGUAACAG